AUGAUUGCACUGCUCCUCUUCUCUGCCCUGCUCUGGGACCAGGCUGCAGCCUGGGGCUUCAAGGAUGGAGUGCUGCACAACUCCAUCUGGUUAGAGCGAGCGGCAGGCGUGUACCACCGCGAGGCGCGCUCGGGCAAGUACCGGCUCACCUACGCCGAGGCCAAGGCUGUGUGCGAGUACGAGGGAGGACACCUGGCCACCUACCAGCAGCUGGAGGCAGCCCGGAAAAUAGGUUUCCACGUGUGUGCUGCUGGCUGGAUGGCAAAGGGCAGGGUUGGUUAUCCCAUAGUAAAAGCUGGAGCCAACUGUGGCUUUGGCAAGACUGGAAUUGUUGAUUAUGGAAUUCGCCUCAACAGGAGCGAGAGGUGGGACGCCUACUGCUACAACCCCAACGGGAAGGAGUGUGGCGGGGUGUUCACAGACUCCAAGCACGUGUUCAAGUCUCCGGGGUACCCCAACGAGUACGAGAACGAGCAGAUUUGUUACUGGCACAUCCGGGUGAGGUACGGCCACAGGAUCCGGCUGCAGUUCCUGGAGUUCGAUGUGGAGGAGGACACGGCGUGCCUGGCCGAUUUCCUGGAGGUCUACGACAGCUACGACGACAUCAACGGCUUUGUGGGCAGGUUUUGUGGAGAUGAGUUGCCAGAUGACAUCAUUAGCACAGGGAAUGUGAUGACACUGAAAUUCCUGUCGGACGCCUCGGUGACAGCAGGAGGCUUCCAGAUCAGAUACACCACCCUGGACACUGCCACGGGCAGCAAUGCCACAUCCCCAGGGAAAAACAACUUUUUACCUGGAAAAUUCGGCAUUAUGUGAGCACAGAAGUUUUCCACCGAACUCACAAGAGAUUUCUUCCAUGGGAGUUUCUCCUCUUUGGCUUUUCCAUGUUGUUAAUAAACGACACUAGGGAAUAAAUUAUAAAAUAUGCUUAGGUGGGUCACAGAAAACUGCUUUUAGAAUGUAAGUACUGUAAAAAUCUGAAGGAUUCAUUGCUACCAAAGACUUAAAAAUUAUUUUUCUAUAUAAACUGCUCCUUCUCCUCAUUUCUUGCACCACUUGAACAAAUUUUUGUGUGACUGUUAGGACCAUUUUUAACCUUCUCUCUUCUCUCCUUAUUUCCCUUGAUUUCCACAUAUUUAUUUUUUAGAUUGUUGCUU